CUCAGAAACACGAACAAGAAUAAAAUCCUCUUCGGAUGCACGUUGAGGAGCAGAAGAGGUCAAGCACGAUGAGCCAGUAAGCUGCACUCGAGCUACAUUAGCAUCCUUAGCACAGCAGGACAUCACUCACAGGAGUGUUCUGCGGGAGCCGUACGGCAUGAUGUCACCUCAAGAUUCAAAGUUCGGAUCUUUUUUACGACAACAAGGAGUGAACAAAGUUACGUUAGAUACAUUUAUAUAACCCUGUUUUUAUUUUAUUUCACGGAUUGCUGUAAUAAUUUUGGUGACAGCGUAUUAAAAAUUCCAUUCCAAAGGGUUCGCACAGUUUUUCUUGUUUAUAUCGUCCCUCAAGGAGGCACCAUGACGUCCUCCAUGCUGCGCAGACAGCUGAAGAACCUGGUCCAGAACUACUCUGAGGCCGAGGUCAAGGUUCGAGAAGCCACGUCCAACGACCCGUGGGGCCCGUCCAGCUCGCAGAUGGCCGACAUCUCGGACCUGACUUACAACGUGGUGGCCUGCAACGAGAUCAUGACCAUGCUGUGGAAGAGGCUCAAGGACGACAGGAAUUGGAGGCACAUCCACAAGUCGCUGACUCUGCUGGAGUACCUGCUGAAGACGGGCGACGACCGCGUGCUCCUCAAGAUGAAGGACAACAUCUACAUCGUCAAAGCGCUCACGGAGUACCGCUUUGUGGAGAAAGACGGCAAAGAUCAGGGUACAAACGUGCGAGAGAAGGCCAAAGUUGUUCUGGUCCUGAUGGAGGACGACGACAAACUCAAGGAGGAGCGAGACUUUGCUGUCAAGACCCGAGAGAAGACGUCCAAAGGUUCCGCAGCCUCGUCCUCGGACGCCGUCACGGACCCCAACUACAAGCCGUGCUACGUUCCCGGCACCUCGGGGCUCCCGUCCCUGGACAACAUUCCCUCAGUGGCCGACCUGACCGCUUCCUUCGCCGCACGCAAGGAGGAACGCGUCAAGCAGGAAGAGCAGAAGAAGGAGGUGGAACGGAGGGCCAAAAUGUCCGAAGAUGAGCUGAAAUGGGAAGAUGCUGGAAAAGGAAACGGCGUUGUGGAUCAGGCCUGGGGAGGAGCGGAGGAGGAGGAGGAGGAGGAGGAGGAUGUCAAGCCAGAGCCCUGGGGGGUCCCCAAGGCGGACCCUUGGGGUGCACCCUCCAGGCCCGAUGCAUCAGAUUCAGGUCCUGCUAAAACAGAUGAUUAUUCUUUGGAGUCUCCGAGCGCUCGGGUUUUCGGCGACAAAGAUGAACCCUGUGAUCCGUUUAAAGCACAAACAGAUACACAAGAUGCCUUUGUGGCCCAAAAUGACGCCCCAAAACAUGCAGGCUCCUUUGAAGACCAACCCAAAAACCAAGAAGAUCCCUUUAGUUCUUCUAAUAAUGACCCAUUUAACACCCCAAAAGAUGACCCGUUUAACACAGCCAAAGGUGACCCGUUUAACGCCCCAAAAGACGAUCCCUUCAACACACCAAAAGAUGAUGCGUUCAACGCCCCAAAACAAGACCCAUUCAAUGCCGAAAAAGACGAUCCCUUUAAUGCCCCCAAAGAAGACCCGUUUAACGCCACAAAAGAUGACCCAUUAAAUGCACUCCAUGACGACCCAUUUAACACCCCGAAAGAUGACCCGUUUAACACCUCAAAAGAUGACCCAUUUAAUGCACCUGAAGAUGACCCAUUUAACACCCCGAAAGAUGACCCGUUUAACACCCCGAAGGAUGACCCCUUCAACGCCCCCAAAGAUGACCCAUUUAAUGCACCCAAAGAUGACCCAUUUAACACCCCGAAAGGCGACCCCUUCGAUACCCCAGAAGACAAGUUCAGUGCCCCCAAAGAUGAUCCAUUUAACACCCCUCAGGAUGACCCGUUCAACACCCCAAAGGACGACUCAUUUAACGACCCAAAAGAUGACCCCUUCGGCACUCCAAAUGACUCAUUCAACGCCGCAAACGAUGAGCCAUUUGUAGCCUCUCUAGUAUCAACUUCCUGUGAAGAAAGUCCACCUGCCGCCCCCACCGCGCCCCCGAAGGACGACCCCUUCAGCACCCCGAACGACGACCCCUUCUCAGCACCCGCUGCAGACGCUGAAGAAACAGCGGCCCAUAAGGACGACCCGUUUUCCGCCCCGUCCGACGAGGACCCCUUUUCUGCCCCCCCGACGACCCGCAAAGACUCCCCCUUCGAAGAAUCGGAUCCCUUCGCCGCCCCCCCGCUGAACUUGUCCCAAAGCGAGGGAGACGCGUGGGGGGCUCCCUCCAGCUCGGCACCCCCCGCUGGCUCGGACCCGUGGGGCGGCGGCGCAUCCUCGCCAGUUGACAAUUGUGACCCGUUCGGGGAUGCCACCAAAGCCCAAAGUGACCCAUGGGGGGCGCCAGGUUCUGCUGAUGCAAAAGAGGCCUGGGGUGCAUGCACCUCCGCUCCCAGUGACCCUUUCGGAGACUCGAAAAGCAGAGGAGGCAAAGAAAACUCCUUCUAAAAUCUUGACUGGAUCAGAGGAGGCGUGUACAAACUACAAAGAUGGCGUUGUUUUUCGUGCUGGGCGGCGGGGGCUCCUGGACUUGGUCCACCUGAAAACUGCGCCCCCUUCCCAGCAUGCACAGCGUACCCCCACCCCCACCCCCCACCCCCCACCCCGGGGCAAAGACCACCCCACCCCCACCCCCAGGCCCGCCCCCUACGAAGGAGAGCUAGUCCUAGCACAUGGAUGCUUGAUGAGCGCUGUGAUGGUUUCUAUGGUUACGGUCAGGCAGGGAGUGGUGGCGGCAGUGCCACUCAUGAAUAUUAAUCAUCAAUUUGUUUGGCUCCUCCCUCUCUCCUUGUGCUUUUGUUGUUGUGCGUGCGUGUAGUUGUUUCUUCACGUGUUGAAGUUGUGUAGCUGUUAGCAUUAGCAUUGGGCUAACUCUUCGACCCCUCCCUGCUGUGACAAAGCAUCCACAAAAUGGUGGCAUGACGGAACCGCGUUUACAUUUUGGACACAUGUACACACGCACGCUUAAGCACACGUGCAUACAUACACACACCUUCACACACAUUCACACGUAGAUUCAUGUUCACACACACACGCACACACACACACACACACACACACACACACACGUACGCACACACACUUGGUAGCAAAUUUGUGUAGAUGCAUGUGUCCAACAAAGCGAGUGUUGUAAUUAUUGAGCGUGUGCGUGUGCGCGCGCGCUGCUGUAAUCACACAUAAACCUUACAGUAAAAUGUAAAAUACAAUCAGGAGUAUUUAUUGCUUUAUAGCUUGAAUAUUUAUUGAUGCGACCACGCUGCGCACAUUUAAAGUUCAGGUUGUUGUUGUUGUUUAGCCGUGAUGAUGAUGAUGAUGAUAAUUGAUGAUGAUGAUGAUAUGUGACAAAGUUUAGUAACCAGCGGUGUCUUUUUUUUUUUUUUUCAUUUUCAACAACGUGAACAAAAUACUAAUGUGCGUGUAAGACAUCAUUAUAAUGCGCUAAAUACUUAUUAAAUUAAUUGAUCAAGUUAAAUGAAUGAUGAUGGUUAAUUUGACCCCAUUUGUACCCAAAAUAUAUUUAGAAAUAAGAUCAGAACCAGAUACUGUAUGUUGUUAUUCUCACAUAACAAAUCAGAAGAAUCACUAACAUACUGUUUUAUUUUAUAUGAAAACAUUUUAUUUUUACAGUGUGAGUGUCGUAGCAAUUAGUGUACAGUAUGCAAUUCUGUAUUUUUAUGUAUGUAUUUAUUCAUAUUUAUUUCUAUUUAUGUAUUUGAAAGUUUUCUCUGAUUUGGUCUUCUGUCAGAAGACAUUUCUUCCGGCGACCACAAGAGGGCGGCAAAGAUUUCAUGUGUUUACAGACGGUAUACGCAGAAAAAUGAAAUGAAUAGUUCCUGAAAUUCAUCUUGAUAGGCUGUGAUGUCAUUGAAUUGUUUGCUUGGGCGUUUCUGAUUUAUUUUUCUAGGACUUAAUGAUGAUGGAUGAUGACACAAAUAUUUCUGAACAUUUCAUCGAGUUCGUACUCGUGUGUGGGUAUGACGUGCAUUAUUUAUUAUUUAUUGUUGUGAUAUAAAUAUUGACCUGAUUAUGCCAUAGAAUCAUGUAUAUUAUUGUGGAUAAUUAAUAAUUAUUAUCACAGGUAAGUAUUUAUCGCUUUCUUGAUGAAAUA